UCACAGGACCGACCGGCGCGGGGCCAACGUGAGUUUACUCCGCAGAUUAUGACUCACUUUCGAGGCCAGAUACGGGGGCCACACUGGGGGCCCACAAUGGACAACAUGCUGAUAGAUUUCUGGCGCAAACAUGAGUGUCUUUUUAACUCCUCGGUUGAUUCUUACUACGACAAGGAUUUGAAGACAAAGCUGUGGAGCGAGUUCGCGUUGUCCAUCGGGAAGCCUGUAUCUGAUGUUGAGAGAAGAUCAAGAUCGCUCCGCACUCAGUAUGGGAGGGUGUUGUGGCACCCAGAGAGGGUCAGCACAGUCCAGCAGAAGAUGCUCAGGGAGAAACUGGAUUUCUUGAAGCCUUACAUAGUUCGCAGGCGAGGUGAUUCAUAUCUGGAGGAAAAGUUUGAUGAUCAGGAAGAUGACGACGAGGAGUUGGAGACUGAAGGAAGUAUUGACCAGGAGAUGGGAAGCUCAUUUGGUAGCUCGCUGGAUGCUGAUGUGACCGGGCAAGAUCUAGAUGAUGAACCCCAGUCUGUCGCCUCCACGCCGAACCCUGCUCCCCUGCACUGUCCAAACCCACAGCCUCAAGUUACAAACGUCAUGUCUCUGAGCUGUCCACACCAUCACAACGACGAGGGUUCCUCCGAUCAGCCUGAACAAACGGCAAACACACCCAAACGUGACAUACUAAACCACUUUGCAGAGGUUAUGUUGGCGGAUAUGCGUCAAAUUAAAGACCCUAUGGUGCUCAUGAGACUUCGCCGAGAUAUCACCGAUCUGGUGUUUAAAGCGGUGGAGGAGGACAUGCAGAGACGAUGUAUUCAAGUGCCGUCCGUGCCCAAGCUGGGGGAAAGUGCGCAGUUACAGAGCUGCUCCAGGCACAAGCCGGCGUGUUCGCAGACAAACUCCUCUUGGAGGCAGAGGUUUUUGACGAGGAAGAACAAAGGGUGUGAGAUUGGAAGGCGGAUGCAGAGAUGGGAGGAGAUGAAGCACAUGAGGAGAAUGUCCAGGAGUCGGUUAUUGCAGCCUAACCAGCAAGGCCAAGCACAGGAGGGGAUGAGUGAAAACAGCUGUCAGGCUAUUAUUCAGGCUUCUGAGAUUAAAAGAGAGACAGAGCCACACAUGGUCAAGAUUGAGGAGGAGACAUUUCCACUUCCUGUUUAGAUACAGAGCCACCACCAUUUUUCCUGAUUACAGUCACCUCAGUUAGUAAGUGGAAGUUACAAGGCUUUUUAUUCUUUAACAGUAGGAAAACAGAUGCUAAGAACUAUUGGUCAUGUAAAUGUACAGAAGUCCUGACAUUUGUAGCGUCUUAGCACUCAGUAGCACUUUGUAGAUCUUAAUAAUUAACAACACUGAUACUACAACCCUGAUUCUAAAAAAGUCUGGACUCUGUAAAACCUAAAU